AUGGACGGCGUGUGGAAGGGCUGGGUGCUGCUAAUCGCUCUCUACUUGGCUUCUUCCCAAGCUGUGGCGAGCCCCCUCUCCUGGCAGAAAGAGUGCACGAAGGGGCCUGAGAACUGGUGUCAGGAUUUGCAGACGGCUUUGCGGUGUGGGGCUGUGGAGCACUGCCAGCAGACUGUUUGGAACAAGCUUCCUGUGAAAAGCAUCCCUUGCCAUAUGUGUAAAGUGGUGGUAUCAAUGCUUGGGAAGAUCUUGCAGGACAAUCGCACAGAUGAAAGGAUCCGUGCUUUCUUGGAAAAGUCAUGCCAGUACCUUCCUUUCCAGGACUGGUCAGUCAAGUGCAAGAAGAUGGUGGACACUGGCAUGAUAAUGAUCGUAGAGCUGAGCAAACAAGUAUUGUCCAACCCUGACGUAGUAUGCCGUGCCAUCACCUUGUGCAAAUCCAUGGAGACUCAUGAGGACGCUCUGAAGAUUCAGAAGCCACUGCAGUCCAAUGAGAUACCUGUAAUGGACUUCCCUGAAAUGGUGUCUCCCUUCCUUGCUAAUGUCCCUCUUCUCCUUUACCCCCAGGACAAAACUCAGCAAGAGACCUUGGAGGGAGGACACUUGUGUGGAGACUGUGUUCAGCUGGUUGCUGACAUUCAGGAGAAAGCGAGAACCGGGCCUUUCUUCACUGAGUACUUAGUUGCUACUGCCAAGCAACUGUGUGAACACUUGGGACCUAACAUGGCUGAAGGGUGCAAGAGCUAUAUUUUUGAAUACUCAGAGUUUGCCAUCCAGUUUAUGAUGCACAUGCAACCGAAGGAUAUUUGUGGCAGAGUUGGAUUCUGUCCUUCCCUGAAAUCUGUGCCCCUCCAGUCUCUGGGACCAGCUAAAGUGAUGCAUAUGUCCAAUAUGAAGGAGCCUGUGGAGCAGGAAAACCUGGGACCAGAAAAUAAAGCUCCCCUGUGCGGUAUGUGUGAGAUUGCGGUAAAGGCAGCAGAGAGCCUGCUGAACAACAACAUGACAGAGGAGCAAAUAGUCCAUGACAUGGAGAAGGUCUGCUACAUGCUACCUCAUGGUGUCUUAGGGCAGUGUAAGGACUUUGUGGACUCCUAUGGCAAGGCUGUCGUUGUCAUGUUGUUGGAAGCAACUAAUCCCGAAGUUGUAUGCAUCAUGCUGAAAUGCUGCCCCAAGAGUAGCCCUUCACACACUGAGAGACGUGCUCUGGAGCCGUUACCGGUAAAUGCUGGCGAGUUCUGCAACGUGUGUCAGAUUGUUGUAACUUAUAUUGACAAUGAGCUGGAGGAGAACGAGACACAGGCUGAAAUUGGGACUCUGCUUGUGAGGGGCUGUCAUUUACUGCCAAAACCCUUGACAGACCAGUGUGAUGAGAUUGUGCUGCAGUAUGAACCAGAAGCCCUACGACUCCUGGUACAGAUAUUGGAUCCUUCUUUUGUGUGCACUAAAAUAGGAGCUUGUGUUUCAUCCAAAGAGGAUCUCAUGGGUGAAGAUCCAUGUGUGUGGGGCCCAAGCUACUGGUGUAAGAACAUGGAGACUGCAGCUCAGUGCAAUGCUGUUGAGCACUGCACACGUCAUAUAUGGUACUAG